GUACUGAAUUGUGAAUUAGUUCUUGCCCUUUCCAGUCGUAUUCAGACUCCACUUCCCAGGGCCCAAAGUCUUUCAUAAUCCUUUUAGAAUUCGGAGGAAGAAAACCUUAUAAAAAGGAAGACCCACUAAUGGAUUAACGAGCAAGGAAGGAAAAGAGAGCAAAAGCAGGAGACUUCGACGACGAUCAGUUUACGAGUCAGAAACCCCCCGAUAACUUCUCGUCUGGGUUCCGAUUUCGAACAACAAUGGUGAAGCUGAGAGUUGCAGGGACAUGGUCGGGGGUUCUGGAUGAGGUCGACUUGGAGAAUUGGACGGUGCCCACGUUGAGGGAAGAAGUCGCCAAGCGAUCAAACGUUUGCCCUGCCUCAAUCAAUCUGAUAUGCGCCGGCAAGAUGCUGAAAGACGGCGACGGCACGGAGAAGCUCUCGCAGUUGGGCAUCAGGCCCAACUCGAAGAUUCUGGCCAGCCGGGUCGCCGUCGACGAAGGGAAAUCGUUGAAGGACGAGGAGGAGCUCAAUCAGAGGCUGGCUCGCGUAAAGGCAGCUGUAACUGCAUUGUCCACAAGACACGCAGAUGGUGCAUUGCCGCUCGAGGACUUCAAUCUAGAAAUCGAAGACCAACUUGGGAACAAACUGCACUUAUCCGAGUCCGAUAGACAGGCACUGAUGAUGGGUUUGAUGCUCCACACAAAUGGCAAGGUUCUAAUGAAAAGGGGAAAGUUCAGAGAUGCUCUGGAAGUACUGAAUAUGGCAGAGGAAUCAUUCUCUCUUGGCGAUCCAAAGACUGUUGAACGUGUUGAUAAUAUUGCAAUGCUGCAAAUGGACAUGGUGUGGUGCUAUUUCAUGCUGAAAGACAUUGCAUGUCUCUCUGUUGCUGGAGUACGUCUUGAUAAGGCAAGAGAUGGAUUCGAACGUGCUCAUGGCAAGGAUGCUUCUCGUCUCAAACUACUUCAAGCAGGAAACUCUUCGGAGCUUGCAGUAUAUUUGAGAUUGGAACUACUCGAAGCAGUGGUGGCAUAUCAUAGUGGCCAGCUUGAGAAAUCUAGGAGGUACUUGAUAUCUGCACAGACCAAAUUCAAAAGGCUACAAGUGUCAGAUGAAGUCUUGUCAGUUGUUAUGGGGAUGGGUUUCGAAGAAAACGAAGCAAAGAGAGCAUUGAGAAUCAACAAUCAAGAUGCCGAACGUGCUGUUGAUUUUCUAGUUGAGGAAAGGGCGCGGAAAGCACUGAAACGACAAGAAGACCUUAAGCGGCAAGCAGAAAUAUUGGAGCAAAAAAAGUAUGGUGUUACACCCUUGAAGAAAGCUGUGGAUAUCCAACUAUUGACAGGAUUGGUCUCCAUAGGGUUUGAGAAGCAACUUGCUGCUGAAGCACUACGAAGAAACGAGAAUGAUACUCAGAAGGCAUUGGAUGAUUUGACAAAUCCAGAAACUAAUGCUACCAUCCAGAACGACAUUGAAACAAGGAAAGCCAAAAGACAGAAGCAAGACACGGACUCUAAAAUCCGACUGAUUGCAUCCAUGGGAUUCGACAUGCCAGCUGUAGCUGCAGCGGUCCAAGCUGGUGGCACUACAGAGACAAUAAUGCGGCGGCUUCUCCAACAAGGGCCACUUCCAGAUCCCGCUGCUGCUCUUCAGGCUGCUGCUGCUCAUGCUCAGGCCGUUGCUGCUGAUGGUGCUGCUGCUCAGGCUGUUGCUGCUGAUGGUGCUGCCGCAAAUGCUGAACCACCAGCUGAUGCAAGUUUCUCUGAACCGCGAGAUGUGGAAAUGGAGGAUGAGAUAGCAAAUGAAUUAGCAAGGAGAGACGCUUUAUCUGACUAUGAUAUUGAUGUAACAAGAGAAGGGGAAGCCAUUGACGAGUACUUGGCAUUACUCGAUUCAACUGGUCGUAGCAGUGGAAGUGCUUCAACUUCUGGUCGAGGCCACCAGGAGAAGGAAAUAAGGAACUAGUCUCUCUGUAAAUUAUUAGUGUCAAUAGCUGAUGACUAUAGUUUAUCGCUUUUCAUCUUUUGACAAUUGUAGCUUCUAUCUGGGAAUGUUUUUCUUUUUUGGUGAAGGAAAUUAGUUACACAAUGUUUUAUUUUAGUUCCAGAUCACCUUCUUUAGACAUCCUUUUGGAAUGGUCAUCAGUGACCUAUUUGAGCACAAUAUAUAUAAUACAAUCUUUCCCCUCUUCAAGGUGUAGCAGUUAGCUGAAAAUCAUCAGACUGGGAAUAGCAAA